GCCGUUCUCCGCUCUCAGAUCACCAUCCCCCACCACACACCGCACUUCGGAAUAGCCGCCGCAUCGUGUCGCAACACCAUAUAGAAUCAUAAACGUUCACCACACACCCCACUUUGGAUUGUUCCAUGCUUGAUUCCACCAUUUAGCUACUUAUCUUGCACAUCUUUUUAGAGAAACUCGAUUGUUAGGUUGUUUGUUCGUCUGUCUGUUGGUCAAAUAAAUCUUCAUCGAAAAAGCUAGAAAGACCUAUCUACAAUGUUUUCGUCCUUCUUGCAACUCCUGUUUGGAGAAUUCAGCUCCUUGUUCUCUUAUCUUUCUCCGCUCUACGACCUCGUGAAAUACGUUUCAGCUCCUUCGCUGCUCUCCGGCCCGAAAAAGGGUCAAGGUCAAGGUCGGGAUGCCGCCGGAGAGGUCGGAGUCGCAUCUGCCGGUUCAACCUCGUCCACUGGCGCCACCACUGUCGAUGAUAACGACGACGAUUUUGGGUCGGACCUAUUUUCAAAACCUUCCACCUACAAAAACUUUUCUUCAAGCUCAAAAACCCUGCACCAAUGUGCCGUUUCUGAGUUUGACUACGACUUCACCUCGCCUAAUCCCUUCAGCUGGGAUUUCCAACAUCUAGUCUUGGCUAACCAAUUGAAUUCAAAUAACCCAUCCCUAAACCCUAACGGUGGUACAAACAAUAAACAACACAUCACCAAGGGUGACAUCGUAGACGAAAACCUCUCUGCUAACAAUCUUGGCAACCCAAAUGUAGUUGGCGCUACGAGUGUGAACAGUAUCAGCAGCAAUAACAACAUCAAGAACAAUGAUGCUACAGCCUUGAAUAACAUCAAUACUGGCAAUAGUGAUGAGGUCCCAGUUUCAACAAAUUUACUCUUCAAUAAUAACAACAAUGGACUUCAGAGCAACUAUAAUAACAACCAGAACUUGGAUGGUCGGGAAGCAAGUGAAAUUCUAAGCCAAUUCAGUGCAAGCUUCCAGAACCAGCUAAAAAGAAAUGAACUUUACCAGAUUUACCAAAAGCAAAACCAAAGUCACCAUAGCCACGAAGGCCCUAGUGAUCAACUGCGCCAAGGUGAGCAAAGAAUUGACUUGACUGACAUCGGUAUCCAGAAGAGUAUCUGUGCAGAAGAAGCCAAAGAUGCUCACAUCAGUGAAGAUGAAGCCGAAUUUUCCGAUGACGAUUAUGACGAUUAUUUGCAAAGCUCUUAUCAACCUCAGAUUUCUUCUUCCUCUACCCACCCUCCUUUGUCACACUCUUUUGUCCAGCUCAAUCACAACCCUGUCAGUUACCAUUUCGAUAGUGAAAAUGAGGACGAUGAUGAAGAUAGAGACACUGUCCCAUUGGAUGAAGAACUGAUGUUAUCUUUUUUGAGACGCUCGAAUGACAAUACCCUUUCUGUAUAUUACAUGAAUUCGGACCUCUCGGAAGGUAACACUGUUUCUCCUCAUACUGCCACCAGUGACAGUGUCUCCGGAUCUUCGCCUACAGAGCAUGCUAAUAUCCUCAAGCGUGAAAUCGAACCCGACGCCGCCUUUGGAAAACAUAGUAAAGAUCGCAGUAUGAAAGUGGAAAAUGAAUUGAUUAAUAAUGAGCAAAGUAUUUCCAGCUUUGCAGAUUUGAAACCUAAUCAGCAACUAAUAAUCAAUAAUGACAACAAUAAUAUUGAACCCCAAAAGAAAUAUAGAAAAUUAGCCUUUUCUUCAAAACCUUCCAUGUCUCUAAAUAUGAAGGAUACUUCGUCUACUGUCACAUUCAACAAUUCUUCAUCGGAUGGGAACAACACUUUACCUCCCACCGCAGAUUUCAAGAUGAACCAGAGUUUAGACGACUUGCAAAGAUCAGACAAACUCUAUAUUUGUCCAAUUUGCCAAACGACCUUCAAAGUUAAAGGAUACUUAACGAGACAUCGGAAGAAGCAUUUCGCGUCAAAGCCAUUCCAAUGUCCAUAUUUUGACCCCACUGUGGAUUACGAAGAAGGAACUGACAAUGACAUGAUCAUUCAUCAGCAUGGAUCAGACUGUGAAGACGAAGAAGUUUCUCCUAAUGGUAUCUCUGAUUGCAGUAAAUCAAAGGUUCCAAGAUGUCAUCCCACUGGUGGCUUCUCAAGACGUGAUACUUUCAAAACUCACUUGAAAGCUUUACACUUUGUUUACCCUACAGGUACCAAAAGUGGUGAUAGAAGUGAUAAGAAGGGCAGGUGUGCUGCCUGCUUCAAAGAGUUUAAAACUAAUAAAGAAUGGUUGGAAACUCAUGUCAUGACCAAUCAAUGUGAGGGAAUGAUCACCAAAUAUAAAUGAUGCUUUUCUUCUCCACCAAUUUAAUCAUAUAUUCAUCCAUUCACUUCAUUGAUUAACUCAUCCUAUCACUCGCUCAAAGAUGUUUUGAUUACGUAUAAUAGUUUCCCCGUCUCUCAAUUUAUUUCUUUCCUUUCCAUCGUUUCCUUCAUUUUUCUCUUCUUCCUCUACUUCUUUUACUUCUUUUACUUCUUCUCCUUCUUCUCCUUCUUCUGCUUCUUCCAGGUCUUACUCUUCUUCUGCUUCUUUACUGUUCUCAAAAUUCUCGCCACCUCUCAUUUCUCGAUCUUUUUAUUACUUUCUGUUUCACAUUGCCUCUCCUUUCUCGAUUUCGUCGUUCCAAAAUAGCUGUCUUCUAAAUGUUCUGGGUUCUUAUAAUUUUACUCUCCUUUUCUCUUUAUAGAUUUUACAAUAUAUACACUAGUGUCAGUAUUUUUCGUAAUUAAGUAAACAAUUAU